GUCUACUCUCGCGACCUGAUUGGCUGACGCCCACCAACGUUCUAACAACCUGGUCUGCAAACGACGCGCAUGCGCAGAGGGCUUGAGUGGGGCUGAUUGCAGCUACUGCUGCUGUAAGCUGAGCUCAAGGUGGUCUCUCACUUGGAAUCCUCACAACAGCCCUGCAAGCAAGAAAACGUCAUGGUUCAACUAGGGCAUCUCCUCUUGAAGCAGUACCACAACCUCCAUGUGGUCAUCCGUUUGGCUCUCGGGGGCUGUGCCAACCGGCCUUACUACCGGAUCGUUGCGGCGCACAACAAGCGGGCAAGGGACGGCAAGUACCUAGAACAGAUCGGCUGCUACGACCCACUCCCCAAUGACCACGAGGAGAAGAUAGUGGGCUUGAACUUCGAGCGGCUCAAGUACUGGAUAGCCAACGGAGCCCAGCUCACCAAGCCUGUGGAAAAGCUUUUAGGGCUUUCGGGAUUCUUCCCCCUCCAUCCAAUGACCGUCACAAACGCUGAACGGGCGAAGAGGCAAAGAGCCAAAGAGGCUGCAAGGGCUGCUCAAGAAGAAGAUGCGGCCGCGAAAGAGUGAAAACCAAAAUGGACAAGCAGAACUAUUUGGUUGUCGGCUCAAAGGACAGACCUGGGCUAAACAGAAGAACUGGAGGAAUGAACUGAAGCCCCCCAAAACAGCUUCACUAUCUCAGGGUUAGAAGAACUGUAUUGCAUAGCUCAACACAGAGGUACCUCCUGCGAGGGAAAUUUGCACCCGGUUAACCUGAGUUUGAUUUUUCAUUAAACAGGGCUGUAUACAUUUCUCUGUAUGUCAUGCAAUGUAUUGCACAGAUUCGGAUAUGCUCAAAACCUUAUUAAAAAUGUUCCACGUGGAGAUCCUUUUUUAAAAAACGCACUCGUGUUCCGUCUUGU